UCUGUUCAGCUCCGAUCAGACUCUGAUUGAAACAGAUUGAAACGCUCCUCCGCGGGUCGAAAUGGCAACUGUCCGAUCAGGACGGCUACAGCAACUUUCCCCGUGUUUGUAAUGUUCCGGAGUCGAUAUAAGUCGAGUGAGAAACUUUCGGAUGUGAGACACAACAGGUGCACCAAUUAUUAGUCCGAAAAUGUCCCCUGGAUGUACCGUUUCUGUGGAAGAGAUCCAGUCUUGGUGGGAAGUCCCCGCCAUAGCCCACUUCUGCUCGCUGUUCAGGACCGCGUUCAGCCUCCCAGACUUUGAAAUCGAGGAGCUGGAGAAAGCGCUGUCGGAGCAGGACUUGGACUUCCUCGGGGACCUCAUUGCUUGUCUUUUGCAAGGAUGCUACCAGCGCCAUGACAUCAUACCCCAAUCAUUUAGCAGCUACCUUGAUGACAUCAUCAGCUACAGGUGGGAACUGGAAGAGGGGAAGCCCAACCCCCUGAGAGAGGGCCCCUUUGAGACCCUCCCUCCUCGCACUCAGGUUGAACUGCUGCACCGGCUGUGUGAUUACCGUCUGGAUGCUGCUGAUGUCUUUGACCUGCUGAAGGGCCUCGAUGCAGACAGCCUGCGGGUGGAACCCCUGGGGCAGGAUGGAAAUGGAGCCCUCUACUGGUACUUUUACGGCACUCGUAUGUACAAAGAAGAGCCGGUCAAGAGGAGAGCAGAGAAGACCAGCGAAUCCCCCGAGUUAGCAUUUCCAGAGAAGAAGAAGAGAGGAAGACCACCAAAGAAGAGAAAACUAGAGGACCCUCAGCUAAGUGAGGUGGAAACUGAGGUGACUGAGGUGAUAGAAGAGGAGACAGAGAAUGGGCUUGAAGACCUGCGACCCAGCACAGGCCGUAAGCGAGGCACUUGGUCCCUGGUGUGUGAUACAGAGGAACAGUGGGUCAGUCUGGCAGAAAGCAUCAAGGACAAAACCUCCCCACAGGACCGCCACCUCCACCGUGUCAUCAGCCAGAACUUCCUGCCUGAGAUCAGCAGCAUGAUCGAGCACAAGGAGCGGGAGCAGAAACAGAAACUACUGGACCCGACCCCAGUGCGAACAUCGCAGCGGUUCUCUGUAAAAUUCAACAACCAUGAAGAAGACAAGGAUGACAUGAAUGCCGUAGCUGACGAAGAGAAGAAGAAAGAUGAUGAGCUGGACAGGCAGGUUCUGCUGGCUGAGCAGCGACGAGAAGAGGAAAGACUUCUGCAAGAGGAACUACAGAGAGAGAAGAUGGAGAAGAUCAAAGCUGUGGAGGAGCGAGCAAAGAGGAGAAAGAUGCGGGAGGAAAAAGCCUGGUUGUUGUCUCAAGGAAAAGACCUGCCACCUGAACUCCUCAAUCUGGAGCCCUCUUCCCCUGUGCGCAGAAAAUGCAGGAAUAAAGAGUUCUAUGAAAUUGAUGACGACUACACAGCUCUUUACAAAGUGCUGGAAGCCUUAAAAGCCCAUAAAGACGCUUGGCCUUUCUUAGAGCCUGUGGAUGACUCCUAUGCCCCCAACUACCAUGAGCUCAUUAAGACUCCCAUGGACCUCUCCACCAUUGAAAAGAAGCUCAAUGAUGGAGACUACGUUGCUAAGGAGGAGUUUGUUGCUGACGUGAAGCUCAUGUUUGAGAACUGCAUUGAGUACAAUGGAGAAGACAGCGAGUACACUGUUAUGGCGGAGUCUCUAGAACGCUGUUUCAGCCGAGCCAUAUUGAAACACUUUCCAUCAGAGGACGGCGACACAGACGAGGAGUUCCACAUCGAGAGAGAGGACAAGGAGCGCAAAGACAAAAAGCGCAAUCGUGGCAGUAAGUAUCCAGGACCUGAGAGUCUGAUCAAGGCCACUGAACAAGUCCAACGCAAGAGGAGCUUCCUGGGAGGUAAAGGAAGUACAUCUGCAGAGGAAGAGGACAACAAGCCGACACAACUACAUCCUCAUCCUCACUGGGCCAAUCGUCCCCCUCACCCCCACAGCCUCCAUCCAGGCCAGCAGCACAUGCAUGAAGGAGGCAUCAGGGGCAUGUACCAUCCAGGGCAACAGCUCCAUCGCCUGCCUGGUCACCCUGGUCCUCAUGGUCCCCCUGGUCCUCAUGGUCCUCAUGGUCCUCAUGGUCAUCAUGGUCCUCGCAUGUAUGCUCAAAGAAUGCCAAUGGAUCCCCGCUUUGCUUACCCAGCUCACAUGCCCAGACAUGGAGACCCUGGUUUUAACCGUUUGCCACACAACUUUAACAUGCAGCAUCGCUUGGCUGAAGGACAUCACAUGGGUCCACGGUAUCCAGCGGGCCCAGACCCUCACCAUCAGCAGCCCCCACACCUGCAGCAGCACCCAUACAUGGGUCCGACUCAUGGACCAUCUCUGGGUCCACGUCCUGUGGCCCUCCAGCCUGGACCUCCACCUGAAGCCAGCAUGUACCCAUCCCACCACCGUCCAGAGGGCCACAACAUGCACCCCAUGGGCAACAGAUUCCCAGGGCCAGAAGGACCUCCUCAGCACAACUACCCAAGCAUGAGGCCACCUGGUAUGGGACCCUCUAACAUGUGGACUGACAUGAAUCACCAGGAGAGACCCAAUGGGAUGCGCAUGCAAGAUCCCAACAUAGGGAAUCAGCACAACUUUAAUUAUGGUGGUGUCCCCCCCCCAGUGGGGCACAAACCAUGGCUUGAAGCUGCUGGAUACCCUCACCCUCCUCCAAAUGCCCAGUAUCAAAUCCCCGCUGCUGUCAGCUCCCCGGGGCCCAUGUCCUCUCGUCCCCCUGUUCCCCACCCAGACCCCUCUGGCAGGACACGCUUGGCUUCCAUGUUGGAAAGCCCAGAGAUGCUGGCCCUGCAGCAGCUGUCGGCCUCUUCUAGACCCCCUGCUGGUACCCCUCAUCAGCACAUGAGCAACUUUCAGCAGCCCGGGCCCCCAUCAGGAAUUGGCAGCAUCCCAGCUCAGCCCUCUCAGCAGCCUCCCCCUGCCCCUGAGGUUCAGCUGCUGCGUCCUGCUAGAGACAAUGGGCCAGACAGCCAAUCUUUCCAACGGACAGACAUGCACCCCAAAGAAUCAACAUUAAAGAACCCAGUGGCUGCAAACUCAAUGUCUGAUGAACCAUCAUCACACAAAAUUCCUGUUUCAACUCACCCAGAGCAUCCGUCCAUCCAGAGCCCAACAGGACACCACUCUGGUCUACCCGAGGACACGCAGAGCUCCUCAGGACACGACUCAGGCAGAUCACUGGAGACGCCGCCUGGAUCAGAGCUGAGUUCAUUAGAGAGCCAAAAACAUGACAGAGAUGACCAGAGACAAUCUGCCAGCCACAGUCCCUCUCAUCAAGUUUGUGCCAAUACAGUACAGCCCCAUGUUAAUGCAAGGAGCAACAAUUCCACUUGUUCCUCUUCACCCAACCACCCCCAGCAAUCACAGAACAGCCCACAUCAAACAUAUCCCAACACAGCACCUCCUCAUCAGAGCGUCCUGCUCCAGCAUGGCUCAGCAUCUCAGAAUUCAGCUCAGCAAGUGGCAGAGAACAACUUUCAAAACAUGCAGAACACAAAUCAGCAAAGUGAGCACCAGCAGAGUGCCCAGACUAACCCCCCUCAGUGUCCCUCUCAGAGCUCCCCGCAGCAUAUGACCCAGAACACGCAGCAACACAAUCCUCUGCCUUCUCCCCAAAACACGUCCCACCAACUUCCCACACAGAACAGCUCCAUGCACGGGAUGCCUCAAAGUGCCACACAAGAAGCCCAUCCUGGACCCCCUCAGCCAGCCCCUCUCACCUCUUUGCCACCCAGUCAUCCUACCCCACUAUUACCCUCCCAGCCCAGCCCUGCAGACCAUGGAGAUCAAAGACCCAGUGAGCCUACAAGUAGACCGGGAACAGACAGCACUGCCGCUCCCCCACAGCACACUGUGAUGAAACCUGGACCUCAAAAUGGUGUUUAUAAACAGCCGUCUUUCAGCCCCAGUCACCAUCAAACCUCACUGGUGGGGAAUAACUUAAGUCUGCAGGUUCAGAGAGGGCAGGCACCCCCUCACUCCCAAGGCCAGGCAAAUGGAGCCAUGGGUCCAUAUGGCAUGGGAAACUCUCCAAAUCCAAACUACAGCCAGACAAACAUGAGCAGGCCCAUGCCUCCGUCUGCUCGCCACCCUUAUCACAAUCAGGUCAUGAGCCCCCUCCACAAUCCUGCUCACCACCCCAACUACCACCAGCAGGGAGCGCCCUCCUUCUCCUACCACUUACCAGGCCAGCAGCACCCUCAGGCCCACCCCAGCAUGUACCCCCCUCAUCAGUACCAGCAACAGCACUACUACCCACAACCGCAUCCCCAGGCUCAGGCCAACAGCAGAGGGAGCUAUCCUCCAGAGGAGUGGCUUCACUCUCACUAUCAGACCCGUCAAACAGUGCCGUCCAAUACCCAGAUACCUGCAGCCAGUGCCAGGGGAAAUGGUCCGUUUAAAGAGAGCAGUAUGUCUCCACUCGGCUCUGAGGGCUCCAGUGGUGCUUCUUUAGUGUCCCCUGGACCUGUGCCUGAAGUAGGGCCUCACCCCGGAAUCUCAGGGGAGAGGAAGAGUGCAGGCAGGGAGCAGGCCAGUGGAAGCAUCCCAGCAGGUCAGGCUCACACAGAACGGCCUGAAAGUCCUAAAGAAAUCCUGGACCUUGACAGCCAUAAUGCUGCUGCUCGUCGCCGAAGCACCAUGCAGCCUCAACAUCACCACCACUCUCCAGCCUCUGCUGCACACAUGGUGUCUGGUUUCAUGUACGACCCUCGUGCCGUGCACCCUGGGAUGCAGCAGGGUGGCGUUCCUCCUCCCCACAUGAUGUCUCAGGCACGGGGAAACGCGAACGGAGCCCCUUACCCCAGCCAGCAAUACCAAGAUCUCGGACGAUAUAGCUCUCAAAGACCUCACCCACACCUGAUGGAGGCUCUGCAGCGGCCCCAACAGCUGCCCUACUCACCAGGUCAGACACGCAUGGCCAUGUACAGACACCCUCGGCCUGUGGGGCACUUCCAGGGCAUGAUGAUGCAACAGAGAGGCAUCGCACCAGAACACUUCCUACACCCAGGGCAACAGAUGAUGGCUGCUCCAGGAGGUCCGAGCAAUAAACAAGGAGUGUGACGAGUACCUUAUUAGUGCAUGUUUUUAUCAAAGGACAAAGCAGCGAGCCAAAAGGAGGGAUGUGAGGGCAUGCUGACAGAGACUGUAGAAGGGAAACUUUUCUCACGUCUCUCACUGAUUUUCUUACACUGGACUAAAACGUUUGGCUCUGUUGUUGCUCACCAAUGGACCAGAGGCUCCGAGCAGGCAGCAGGUGUUUCCAAGAUGAUGUGAACCCUGGAGCACAUUUCUGUUUUACUCAACAUGAUCAGGGCAUUUAUGAAUUUCUCAAUGAAGCUUUGUCUUUCUGGUUGCUUCCAAACAAAUAAAAUUCAACUUGGAUCAUCUUGCAGAAAUGAAGACUUUUAACCACUCGGCCAACUUGCCAAAUAAAGGGAUACUGCCUUCAAGAACACUGGACAGCCCUCUCCUCUGUGAGCUGUGACGAAGACAAGAGGGACUUUUAUUCUUUGAUGCUGUUUUCUGUUCCAACCAUAUAUUUAAACUCAGGUUUAGAAAAGGAGGUACUUUUUGACUGUCACCAGACCCAAGUCAGCUCUCAGACUCCUUCCGAUGGCCUUGGUUUCCUUUGUGAAUGUAUGAGUGAAUGCGUGGACCAUUAGGACACAGAAACACUGAUUAGUCUGAAGCAUGAGCUGUCCUGAAAAAGGCCCACUCAUUGAUCCACUCCCUCACUGAAGUGUUUCUCUAGUUGUGGAGCAAACACAUAGAAUAUGCAUCUUUCAGAGCUGCCUUCAUCGUUAAGAAUGUCUCUAACAGAAAAGGACUAACAAAGAUGGUGCAGUCUGUAUCCGGCUGCACCCACUCUGUUCUGCACUAUGGAGUUUGUUAGUCUUGACAUCCUGAAACUGAGUGGCCUUGAUAGUCUUAUUUUAAAUCAAACACAUAAAUGUAUGAACAUUGAUCCUUACCUCUUGUCCCAGAUGAGGAAAUUCUAAACUUCUUAACUGUGACUUUUCUGAGCUGGGAUAUGCACAUACACAUAAAAACCUACACAUUGAUCCCCUCAUUGUUGUUUUAGGGGCACAUUUGUUGCAUUCCAGUUCUAAGUUUGUUGCUCUUUGUUCCUUUGCAUGGUUGCUUCUUUGAGUGCUUCCUCCUCCCCAUGUUAAUACUUAACGUAUCCUCAGGGUGUACAGUUUCUAUAUACGGGUAUUUUUCUGCAUGAUUUUAAUGAGGAGCAGCGUGAGGACGGUGCGACUGGAAAAUCAGUCCAGCUCGUGUGAAGAACAGAUCUUUUUGGGGGUUGUUGUCCUGAACAAUAUUUGGCUCAGCACACUGCCAACCUGUUGGACUUAUGUACCAUAAAAAACAAAAAAAAAGAACUUUUCUUACCGCUGACGAAGAGUGAGACGGAUCACAUUUGGGCUUUCUACAUUCCUGAUGUCACUGUUUGUCAAGACUGUCACAAUCUACCUCAUCCAACUGCUCAGUGGCAUCUACAGACUCCUACAUGUACUAACCAGCAGAUGAUUUGAGCACCACUUUCAGUUUGCAGGCUUACUACACUGAUGGUGCAAUGGCCUUAAAAUACCACGAGAACCCUGAAAGGACACACAGCCAGACAUUUUAUUUAAUCCAUUUUACCAGGAUAACAAUUCAUUUCCUGUUUCGUUUCCCUCAAGAUCCCCACCUAUUCGUCUCCUCAUCUUGAAAUCACAACCCUGGUUUCCCUGUGACGAGGGCACAAAAUCAUCAUAACUCGUUUCCCCUGAGUUGCAAAAGCACAACACAAACAGAGAAAAAGUCAGAACUAACUUUGCUACUGUGGUGUGGGCGAUCACCAGAAAAUAAUCCUGUUAACACAAGAAAACAAGCUGUGUUAUCUCAACAUAAUGAAAUACUUAAAUGGAAAAACCAGCUUUGUCAUCCUGGAGUAACUGCAUCAAAAGUAAACCAGUGUUCUCUUAAGAAAACAUCCAUCCAGGUAUCCAGAAACAACCGGGGAUUACUUGCUAUCACGCUCAAACAAAGUGAAUAAAAAGUAUGGUUGUGUGUCUGCUUAGGGCUUCUGUACAAUUCCCCACCAUCCUCUGUGUCAGACUGUUGUGUCCAAUAACCGUCAACAAGAUGCUGUCAUUAUUAUUCGACUGUGUUCGAGUCUCAUCACAGGUGUACUAGUAAAAGAAGCAAUCCUUAAAGUGCACACUAUGCUUUGAAUAGAUGGCACUUUCACUCUCAGUUUCUUAACACCAUCAUUGGUGUAUGAUGGACUAUAUCAUAAGUCUGACGUGAUGCUCUGCAAGCGCGUCUCUUUAGUUGUACAGGUUGCAUGAAAACAAAGUCGGCUGUUUUCCAGUCUAGAGUCUGAAAUAGGUUGUAUAGAGUUUGGCAGCGUUGUUGGGGAUUUCUUUAGUAGUAGGCAUCUUUGACUUUGUAAAGAAAUUACUGAGGAGGAAGAUAAAAGCAGAGAGUGCUGGAUGCUGUGAUAAAAUGUUGUAACAUGUCACGCAGGACUUUGUGUUUUAUUGAAAUAGGGAACUGUCUCAAUGCUUAGUGGGUCUGAAGGGCCACUGUGGAGGUAGAGUUCUCACUUGUGCUGUCUUAUUUAUGAAGGACAGGUUUGAUUUUAAAAGUCUGUGAGGUUGUGAUACCAUUUUAUGGUGAACAGAUGUGUGUGUUUGUGAGUGAGUGUGUGUGUGUGUGUUUCUGGUGUGUAGAAUCGACACCAGAUGAUCAGAAAGUGUGUAUUCAACUCUCACUUGUUUCUGCUGUCAUCCCUCUGCACUAGUGAGAACAAUUUAGACGUUAUUAAAUGUGAAUCAUAUUUAUUUGCUCUUUUAAUAAUUUUUGUACAUUUUUGGACUUGUUUUAAUAUAAAUGUGGUGUUUGUUUCCUUUUUUCUUGAUGUUUUUUGGGCAGUUGUCUUUUACCUCAGUAGCAUGGCAGCAUUGAAAAAGAAGACCUGUACUUUCGUUUUUCAGUGACGUUUACAAGUUCUUAUCUGACUGACAUAGAUUAUUUUGGAAAUGGAACAGAAUAUUUUCUAUACUGUACAUUUCUUAGAAAUAAAUAACUUUUUCUCAAA